UAUGCAGGUUCUUACCACCUCCCAUGGCAUAUUUCCAAGUAGCUGGGUCUUUGGAUAGCAGCAUUGCAUUUUGGAUAUGGAGCAUUGAAAUUGUAUGUUGUCCAAGAGGUGCACCACCCACCUGUGGCAUUGCUUUAGUCCUUUCCUGUUAUCUUGGAUAAAUCUAUGGGAAAGGGAAGGAAGGUUUAACAAGAGGAAAUAUACAGAAAUCUCUGGUGGCCUGUGGGAUGCACUGGACUCCAUAAUUGCAGAAGCUGCUACACCCUAGAUGUGUUGCAGUGGAGGUGGGUUUGUGAUGAGAAACAAGAGAGUCCUUUCCUCUCAGCUGGAGCGGCGAUGCAGCAUUGUUCAUUAUGUCUACCAGAAAAUGCUGGGAGGCUCCAUUCAGGCACAGCUCAGGCAGAGAUUGGAGCUGGCUUUUCUGCGUUCUCUUUCCUCAUACUGCCUCUUUCGAAGAGCAAGUCCCUUUGACAGGAGAGUUACAUGUCUGGAAUGGCACCCAACACACCCCAGUACGCUAGCUGUUGGUUCCAAAGGUGGAGACAUCAUCCUUUGGGAUUGUGAAGUACUUGCUAAAACCUGCUUCAUAAAGGGGAAAGGGCCAGGAGAUUCUCUCGGAGACAUCAAGUUCAGUCCUUAUGAGGCAGAGAAGCUUUAUGUGGCAUCAGGUGAUGGCACCCUAAGUCUGCAGGAUCUUGAGGGCAGAGCGGUGCAGGUGAUCUCUCGUGCCCUGGACUGUGGCCAUGAGCAUCAUAAUGUUUGUUGCUGGUACUGCAGUGUGGACGUUUCUACAAGCUGGAAUACCGUGGUGACAGGUGAUAAUGUGGGCAAUGUGGUCCUGCUCAGCACUUCUGGUGAAGAGAUCUGGAAGCUGAAAUUGCACAAGAAGAAAGUGACUCAUGUAGAGUUUAACUCCCGAUGUGAGUGGAUGUUUGCCACAGCAUCUGUGGAUCAGACAGUCAAAAUCUGGGACCUCAGAAACAUCAAAAACAAAACAAACUUUCUUCAUCUGCUUCCACAUGAGAAACCUGUCAAUGCAGCUUACUUCAGCCCAACACAUGGUGCCAAGCUUCUGAGCACAGACCAGCACAAUGAAAUCAGGGUUUACUCAUCUUCAGACUGGACCAAGCCACAGCAUCUGAUUCCACAUCCACAUAGGCAGUUUCAGCACCUCACACCUAUUAAGGCGACGUGGCAUCCUCGCUAUGAGCUCAUCGUGGUAGGUCGCUACCCAGACCCCAAGUUCCCCGGGUACACGCUGAACGAGCUGCGCACCGUGGAUGUGUUCGAUGGGAACACCGGCGACAUGGUGUGUCAGCUCUACGAUCCAAACGCUUCGGGCAUCAUCUCGCUCAAUAAAUUUAACCCUAUGGGAGACACACUGGCUUCUGGCAUGGGCUUUAAUAUUCUGAUCUGGAACCAGGAGGAGAUGGCAGCCAAGAAGCAUGAACUUCUCUUGAAAGCCAUGACAAACGAGGAGAUUGAACCAUGAGAGAAUAGGGGAUUGGAAGCUGGAGUUCAUCCAGACAUGGAGGGCAGAGGCAGGC